CUUUCUGGCUCUCCCCCAGGUUCUUCCCCUCCAGCUGGGGUCCUCAGCUCCAGCUCAGGCUCCUCCCAGCUCUGGAUCUGCUUUGCCGCAUUCUGCUGCAGGGUCACAGAGGAGAGCAGAAGAUCUGUCUUGAAUCUGGAGCUGGACUUCCUUUUGUGUGUCUGUGAACAAGUCUGAAUCUCUUGAUCAUCUGUGAAGUUGUCAAGUACCCAUCCUUUCUAACUCAGUCAGGCAGGAUGACUGACAACGUGAUGACCGUGAAUGGAGUCAAAGUGGCCUCUGCACUCUCCCAGCCCACCCACAUCAAUGUCCACAUCCAUCAGGAGUCAGCUUUGUCCCAACUUCUAAAAGCUGGGGGUUCCCUGAAGCAGCUUCUGUCUCGCCCUCAGGACACUGCCCCUUCCAAAGCCAGGAUUGGCCACGAGCAGCUGGCACUAGGGGUGACCCAGUUAUUGCUGGGGAUUGUGAGCUGUGCUCUUGGAGUGUUCCUCUACUUUGGGCCCUAUAUUGAGCUGCGAGGCUCGGGCUGUGCCUUCUGGGCAGGGACUGUGGCUAUUGUGGCAGGAGUUGGGGCCAUUGUCCAUGAGAAGUAUCAGGGCAAAUUUUCAGGCUGUGUCUCAGGUCUGCUCACGCUGGCUGGCAUUGCCACUGCACUGGCUGCCGUCGUCCUCUGUGUGAAUAGCUUAACCUGGCAAACUGAUGGCUUCUUCUACAUUGACACUGUGUGUGAUCUCCCACAAUCUCCCACAACCAUUGAGUACGGUUGGAGGCGUAGAAGCAGUUACAACUCAGACUGGAAGGAGAGUCAGUGCAGAUCUUACAUGCAAAUGCUGAUGAACUUAUUCCUAGCAAUCCGUGCUCUGCUCCUGGCUGUCUGUGUCCUGCAGGUUAUUGUGUCCUUGGCUUCCCUGGGAGUGGGUCUUCGGAGAUUGUGUAACCAGAGCCCCCGGCCCCUGGUUGAGGAAGGGUCUGAGAAGAGGCUAUUGGGGGAGAAUUCAGAGCCUCCCUCCCCCUCCAAGGAGAAGACCAUGGCUAGCAUCAACCUGUGAGCUGCGGACCCCCUGCAUUUCCCCGUCCGGAGAAUCCCAGGGCCUGUGGAGGGGCUGGGCUCGCUCGCUCUCUCCAGGACCGCUGGUGGCCUAUUCCUCUCUCAGUGCCUUUCUUUCAGCCACUGCCCAACCCUCCUCCUUCCUUAUCUCUUCACCCCGUUUUCAGUCACUCUUCCUAUUCCAGUGUUCUGAAUGCAAUGAACAUAUAUAGUCUAAUUCAUAUCAAUUAAACAGAAACAACUAGGACAAAAAUUCUUGCACAGAAAGAAUGCAGUCUCCCUUUGUUUGUACAGAUAGUUUGCUGGGAAAGUCUUUUCUUUGUGUUGAUAUAUAUGGAAUUAAACAAGAGCUGAUUCUGCACGUGGAAACCAGGUCCCAAUAAGACUAAAAUUAAUUAUGUUCUUCCCCAAGCAGCAAAACCCUUUUUAUGAUUCCUUCUCGUCAAUGUAAAGUGAACAUAGCACUUACAUGCUAAAAAUCUUUUUACCCAAUAUGACUACCUUUAAUCUAUGUAUUUCAAGUGUAGGCUUCAAAGAAAGACAGAGAUUCAUGGAACAA